AUUAAAAUGGAUACCCAAGACGAUCUGAUGAACCAAGUGCUUGACCAAUUAAAGCAAGUAAAAGAUGAAGGAGCUCGUUUACAAAAAGAAAUCGAACAAAUGAGGGAGGAAAAUGCAAAAAUCCAAUCCGAAAAAGACGAUCUUGCUAAAGUAAUAGAAGAAAACGAAAAACAGCUACAAGACCUCAAAGAAGAGAAUCCAGAACAAGCUGCUGAACUCACCAAAGAGGAAGAAGCUUUGUAUGAUGAUGGGGAAGGAUGGCCAGAUGACGAAGGAGAUGAUGGACAAGACGAUGUCAGUGCUUUUGAAUAAAAGAAGUGUUGUACUUAUCAUAAAAAUGUUGUGACGGAUGUAUUUUGGUCCUGCUUU